AUGACAAACACAACAGAGCCAUACACACACGAGCUUUUGAAGAACUUUAGCUCAGUUGUCACAAGCCCGGAGACCGUCCGUUUCUCCAACAGCACCGCAUCCAGCCAAUCAGACGCUCUCCGGCACCGGAACUUGUUCAUCGGCGUGUCCGGCAUCGUGCUGAACCUGUCCGGCAUCCUCCUGCUGGUGACGUCACGUCACGUGAAGAGCACGCUGAAGAUCUCGCUGUUGAGUCUCCUGGUCAACGACCUGAUGUUUCUGACGGUGCUCUUCGCCCUGGGCACGCUGAGCAGCACGCUGACCACCAACCACGCCUUCUGCUGGCCCGUGCUGUACCUGAGCUACACCUCGGUCAUCGUGUCCUACCUGUCUGUCUGCCAGCUCGCGCUCCAGAACUACAUCGCCGUCUUCUACCCGCUCAGCUGCAACCGGAUCGUGACCUUGACCAAGGUGACCUUGUCCACCGUCGUUAUUUGGGUCAUGGGGUUUCUGGUAUGCCUGGGUUGUACAGGGUUAAAGUUCGAGAAGAAUCAGCUGUGUAUCGCGCUGGUCCCUGUCCCGACGUCCGGGAUUGGUGGGAUUGCCGUCACGUGCGUCAUCUGCGCAGGCGUCGUGUCGGCUAUAAAUAUCAAAAUCUUCACGCAAAUCAGGAGGCGGAACCGGCGAGUGGGCGUGGCUGUACCGGACGACACCAGCACGAGUGUCCGGACCGUUUCGGAAAAUUUACAAAAAAGCGAAUUCUCCCCGGAAACUCUGCACGUGCCUUCUCGGCUGAACAUAGGUUCAUCCACGUCAACACGCAUUCAUUCUCCAUUUAAAGUACCGGUUCUAAUCCCACCGGCUCCCAAGAUUCAAAAAUCAACAAAUGACUGUAGCCAGGUUGAAAGAGGAUGUCACACAAAGUUGACCUUUGCCCAGAGCGGGGUGGGCAUCUUCGUGUCCAGUCUGGUGACGGUCAAUGUCCUGGGGAAUCCUGUCUUGUACGCCUGGAGGUUCAUUCAGUGGAGGAAGAUGUUCAGUAAACUACGGCAGUGGAGGAGGAACUUUGGUCUUGUGUAG